AUGAAUAUCAUUUUAAAUGGCCAAAAUGUUCUAGUAGGAGAAUCCACUACAUUUUUAGAAUUAUUUUAAUGCUUAGGGUUCACUGACUCAAAUGGCAAAAGUAUUUACAAAAAUGAAGCAUAAUUAAUUCUAUAGAAUUUAAACUGCUAAGUGAAAGGCUUUUUAUAAGCUAAUGAUAGGCUCUCAAUAUAAGCAAUUCCUUAUAGACCAAUACUGAAUACAACUCCACUUUCAUAAACUCCUGACCAGAAUCAAAUCUUUAAUCCAUAACACAGGGCCACAUAAGUAUAAUAGCCAAGUGGUAAUUAAUGUGGAGGAAACCCUUCAAUUAGUUAAUAAUCCAAUAUUCAAUUUGGCUAGUAACCAAAAUUUUAAUUUAACCAACCAUUUAAUCAAGCAUAAAUUCAAUCAAUCCAGCCGAAUUCUUUUCAAUAAUAAAAGUUUUAAGCAAGUGUAAUUUUUUAACCAAAUAAUGUACAAAUAAAUAAUGUUCAAAUAAAUAAUGUUCAAGCAAAUAAUUAAGAAGAGGAUGUUUUUUCAACAUAAUUUCAAAAUUAAACUUAUGAUGAAUAGAGGUAAAAUUAUUUAAGGAACAAAAAGGAUAAUCCAGGAGAGAAAUAGUAAUUAAAUUGUGUUAUUUUAGAGUAUCCCGUGUUAUUGAUGGUUUUAGAUUCACUCUUGACAAUUAUGGUGAUGAAUUAAUGAUUGAAAAAACUGAUUACUCAUUUUAAUUGCGAAUAACUAAUGCAUAUAAAAUGAACAAGGAGAAACGUUAAAUGAUCCCUUAAAUUACAUAAGAAUUUGAGUCUAAUGUACGGAUGGAUCUCAAUUAUACUCGAGUGUCAUGGAUUUAAAAAUAUGACGCAUUGGCUGUGUAAUUCAACACCGGUGAUAAAAUAUUUAUAAACUUGCACAUGGAAUGAUAAAUAAUGUUAGGGUUUUAAUAAUUAUAGAUUUUCAUUUUUUU